UAAAAAAUGUGUCUUCGAGGGUCAGGUUUUUCCAUGAACCGCUUGACCUCAGCAUGAGGUCAAGUGUAUACGUUUCUUUCGUUUACAGAAGACCCAUAUCAAGAUCCAAACAGCCAAUCAACCUAUAAACAUUGACCAAUGAAUGAUGGACGGUGAGAAUAUGGAGCUUGUUGGUGUAACACACGUUUUGGACGCCAUUACGUUUUGGGCGCAGAAUGUCAAGGACGAUCAAGCCAUUGACAACAUAAGAAAAGCCUUGGCAGACAAAUGCCCAACAGCCCCAAGGGUACUUGGAAGUCCCAAUCCUCAGAAGAUUUAUGGGGCAGUCUUCUCUGAGGACAGCUGUUGGUACAGGUGCAAGGUUCUGCAGCAGACUGAUAAUUUUCACGUGUCCUACAUUGACUAUGGGAACACAGAGUUUGUCAGUCGGUCAGCUCUGGUGGAGCUGCCAGGGGAUCUACAGGCACCUUGUCUGGUCAAGAAGUACAAGUUCCAGGGCUUCAGUGUGUCCACUGACCAAGACUCAGCACAUUUCCUGCAGGGAAAGGCCUUCCUUCAGAAUCUGAUCUAUGGGAAGAAGGUCCGCAUCCAGAAGAAGUCUGUCUGCUUGGACGGGACCGUCCUGGUCCAGGCCUUUCAGGGAAACCUGGACAUCGGUGAAGAGGUUUUGAAGAUGAAGUUUGCCAAGUUCACCCUCCCGGGGAGUAACCGUGAGGGCCCCAUGUCUGUGCGGGCCCUGCAGGAGUCCCAUUGCCCGUGGCCUCAGCGGGUGUUGGAUUGGCCUGGCCCCCAGGGGGAUGGGGACAUACCUGGCUCUACAGUCUGCAUGCCCAAACUACGGCCUGUUUUCCCCGACCAGAGUCCCCUUUCAAUGAAGGAGAAGAGCAAGGCCACAGCCCAGCAUGCUGCCAACCUAAUGAAGAAGAAGAUGGACCAGGAGCUGGUGGAGGAGAACCAGAGGCUGAAGGCAGAGCGAGAGACCCAGCGCAGGGAGGACCAGCUGAGAGACAGCCUCUCAGAGCUCCAGAAGUUGAAAGAGGAGACUGCUAAUUAUGCCAAAGAGGCAGAGAGAUGGAAGGUGGAGAGGAACACACUCCAGAACCAAUCAGAGCAGCUGGAGAAACACCUGCAAGUUUCCAAACAGGAAGUGCAGGGUCGUAAGUGUGGAAGGGACAUGGUAGUGCAGGCUGUGAGGGGACAGUUAAAGAAGAAGGAGAAGCAAGUGGAUAAGCUCCUGGACUCAGCGGUGGCUGAACGCUUCUGUCGACUGGCUGAGGGAGUCGAUUCUCUGAGAGGAUUAAGAGAGAGAAACCCAGGUAACACGGAUAGCGACAGCCUUACGGAGUCUAUCAACAUUGUCAUAAACAACAGCAUCUCUGCCCCGGUUGCCAUGGAGAAGCUGGAGUCGGCAUGGAGAGAUUACAGCCUGGCUCAGGAGAAACUCAAGGCCUGUCAGACGAAGGAGCAGCUUUGGGAUCUGAUAGACAACCGGAAUAAGGUGCGAGGUGUUCUGACUGCCACUGUAGAGUCCUUCCUUCAGGAGGUUGAGUGUUUGCCAGUCAGACAACGCAUGGACAAACUGGAGGAGGUGAGCUCCUCCCUGACUGCAGUGUUUGGUCCAGCCUCUAUGGAGGGGGAUGUUGGACAGCAGGCCUUUGAGCAGUUCAGCCAGUGGAGGACUCAGAGGAGUCAGCUCACCAGCUCUGUCAGAGACGGGACGGACAAGGCCCUCCAGGCCCUGUGUACCUGGUCGGAGAACGUUGGCAAGUUUUUCUGCCUGUCAGCUAACACAGUGGUGGGAGUGAAUGACAUCGUGGACGGAGUGAAUGAGCUGCUGAAGCAGGCAGAGAACAACGUGGCCAAGGAGCUGGACUCUCCCCUGUCAGUCGGGGAGCAGAACAACCAUGAGACCAAGGCAGUGUCCAAUGCUUUCCACAAAGUCAUGCAGCACAUUCAGAGUGAGCAGAGUCUGCUGAGUGACAUUAUGGAGAAAUAUCUGCUCAACACCAAGUUUAAGGGUGAGAUGCUACAGUGGCAGAAUGCUAGCCCGACUCCAGACUCUCUGUUCUCUGUGAAGAAACGUAUCCGCAGCCUGAGGGCUCAGCUGAGGUGGAGACAGGUGGAGGAGGCCAGUCUGGAGGAGGCUGAAGACUUUGACCUAACGGAGAUUCUGAAGAAGAAGGAAGAGAUUGCUGAGACCAGAAACACUCUUUUCCAUGAAAUCGGUCAAGAAAGAAAAGAAUAUAUGAAGCUCAGUGCUGUGGCUGAAGGCUGCUGUCCUGAGCUCCCCCUGCUCUACCCUGAGGCAGACAUCCACAGCCACAUGAGCUCUGGAGGUCUGGUGGUGAAGAGUCUGGACAGGGACAUGUUUGACGCUGAGCCCAUGAAGGAGCUGAGUGGACGCAGGCCUCUGGUCUGUACUGAGUUCCAGGGACAGAGGGUCAUACUCAAGGGUUACACUGUGAAUGAGGAGGCAGAGGCCAGAGUGUUGGAGAGAACCACCCAGUUUCACAGAACCAGGACUCAGCGGGAGAGUCAGACUGACACUGGAAUACUCCCUCUUCUGGCACUGUUCUUUAGCAAGUCAGACCCUCUUGCGUAUGUGAUGGUGCCAUACUUCCCCAAUGGAAGUCUCUGGAAUGUUCAGGCUGCCAAACCCCUAACUGCCUCAGAGACUGUGAAGGUGAUGAGAGGCGUGGCCAGGGGCCUCCAGGCCCUCCACGCUGCAGGCGUCACACAUGCCUCCCUCAACCCCAACAACGUCUUCGUCCUCCACCGACACCAAGGCAUGGUGGGAGACUACGACUUCAUAAAGACUCCUGUACAGAGGGCAGUGGACAGUGGGAUGGUGGCCGGCUCUAUCAGCCUGGUGGCCCCGGAGCUCCGUCAGACACAAGGCACACCUCCUACUCCAGCCUGUGACAUGUACUCCUACGGCUGCCUGCUGUUCUGGCUGCAUGCCCCAGGGUUCAACGGGGAUCUGGAUAGUGGAAGCAGACUGGCCCUGGAUAUCAGCGGAGUGAAACUGGAGGACAAUCUCCAAGCCCUGCUGUCUAAGCUGCUGGUGUGUGUUGGAAGACUGACUGCUGCUGAGACCCUGGCUGAUGACUACUUCCUGUCUGACCAGUAACCAGGCAACCGGUACAUACUGGGAUAGUUUGGUCGACAGUUUUACUUUAAAACCAGCCUGGGUAACGUCUUUUUAGCUAACAUUCCACUCCGUGACAUGCCAAAUAUGGUUUACCAGUACCCAGACUACAUCAAUACUACAAUGUUUUGUUGAUCUCCCAAUAUAAAAGCACAAUAUAUUUGUCAGUCUGCUGAUUUAAAAGCACAGUAUCAUGUUGUUUAACUGUAUAUUCUUUUGAUGUUGGAGUACCCUGUCUUGCAGUUGUCACUUUCUAGAGUAAAUAAAAUACACGUUCUGACAUGGA